AUGCCGCAGGAAAGCUCGAGAGAUGCGGAGAAGGAGAAAGUGAUGCGUUCAAGAAGAGGAACAGUGGAUACUGAGAUCAGUGCUCUCACAGCAUUUCAGACCUCUCUGGAUGUAGAUGAUGCUCCGUACAGAGCUCGUCUUUAUCAAUUGUUUGGGCACAUCGAGAAAGAAUUCGACACUUUGUAUGCAGAAAACUGUGCAUUACGUGCUCGAAUAGUCCAACUGACUCAAACUGAGGGAGAAGCAGGAAAUGUUGUAGCCCAGGAAGUUUUCGGUGUGCAAGAACCAGGAAAAUCAAGUCGAAAAGCCAUUCAAAUGGGUCAGAAGUUGCGAACCGCUCUUCGUGGGCCCCCAGUGUUCCGUGACGGCUCUAAAUUCCGAUUGAGUCGACUUCUCGAAGGUCACAAGGAUGGCGUAUGGCAUGUAGCUGCGGAUUCAACUAGAAACGUCUGCGCCAGUGCAAGUGCUGAUCAAACUGCUCGUGUCUGGUCAUUGGAGAGUGGAACAUGUUUGGCAACGUAUUUGGGACACACUGGAAGCGUUAAUUGCGUUGCAAUCUUAACCAACUGCGCAGUGGACACCACGGAAGGUUCCGGUACUGCCGCAGGACUUUUACUUGCAACAGCUAGUGGAGAUGAGUCAGCUCAUAUUUGGAGAGUCCCCAGCAACAAUGCGCCACUGGAGCACAGCUCUGAAGAGGAAGAAGAGAAUCAUGGUGGCGGUGGAAACAGAGAUCCAAACAACCUUCUUGGCCUCGAACACAACAGAUUCACCUCGUCAAAUGAGAAAUCAGAUGGUCACAGAAUUCGAGUUCCAGUCAUGAGACUAACGGGACAUCGUGCACCUGUGAGUUGUUGUGAAUGGCUUGCCGGAGGGCAACAAAUGGUCACCGCGUCUUGGGAUAGAACCGCUAAUGUUUGGGAUGUCGAGAAAGGAGAAGUUGUGAAUAUUUUGAGCGGUCAUGAAAGUGAAUUGAAUCAUUGUAGCACUCAUUCAACUCAUAAACUCGUUUUGACCUCAUCAAAAGAUUCUACAUUCCGUCUUUGGGAUUUCAGAGAGUCAAUACAAUCUGUUGCUGUUUUUCAAGGUCAUCAAGACUCUGUGACUUCUGUCAGCUUCAAUACCGACUAUCGUAUCGUCUCAUCGAGUGACGAUGCAACUGUCAAAAUAUGGGAUCUCCGAAAUAUGCGUACUCCUCUUGCCACAAUACGCCUAUCAUCACCUGCAAAUCGUGUAGCUGUCAGCAAAACACAUGCUGUAAUUGCAGUUCCUAUGGACAAUCGUCAUGUCAGAAUAUAUGAUCUCAAUGGAAAUCGGCUUCCAAGAAUGCCGAAUCGCCGGUGUCACGAACGAAUGGUGACGUGUUGUGCUUGGCUUGAUGAACAUCCAACCAACAACUUGCUCACAUCAGGUUUCGAUCGAUUGGUAGCCGCCUGGAAAGUCAACACAACCACUUCAUAG